AAUUUUUUUUUUUCUGCAUUAGUUCUGGACAAUGAAAUUCACUAUAUGAUCUGUCCAAUCAUAUAUGUUAAAGCCUUACUCAGUGGUACUUACUAAAUGAGACCUAAGGUCUUUAACCUUACGCCGAGCUAUUUAGUUGUCUUCAUUAAAUCUGAUUGAUCAAGUUUUGAAGAGUAUAUACAAAUCAUGGGCAUCAGGCGUCUUGGAUUACAUUUUCAACUUUUCUUUCAUUUGGUGCCUAUUACUCAAGGGGAAAUUGAUUGUCUAAUGAUUGGUAUUUCCUGACAGAUUAUUCAUAAUGGAUGUGCCUAUGUCAUUGAUGGAGAUGUGUACUUUUCUGUUGAUAAGUUUUCUGACUAUGGUUGUCUAUCUGGACGAAAGUUGGAAGAUAAUCAAGCAGGCGCACGGGUGGCAAUUGAUCCUAGGAAGAAACACCUUGCUGAUUUUGCAUUAUGGAAAUCUGCAAAGCCUGGUGAGCCAAGCUGGGAUAGCCCUUGGGGUCCCGGAAGACCAGGAUGGCAUAUCGAAUGCAGUGCCAUGAGUUCGCAUUAUUUAAGUCCCUCCUUUGACAUUCAUGGAGGAGGAAUGGAUUUAAUCUUUCCUCAUCAUGAGAAUGAGAUAGCCCAGAGUUGUGCUGCAUGUUCAACGAGCAAUGUGAGCUAUUGGAUGCACAAUGGUUUUGUCACCGAGAAGAAUGGAAAAAUGUCCAAGUCACUAGGGAAUUUUCUCACAAUUCGUGAGGUCUUCAGGCUGUACCAUCCGUUGGCCUUGAGAUUUUUCUUGAUCCGCACACACUAUCGGUCUCCAGUCAAUUACUCGAGCAAACAACUUGAAGAGGCUUCAAACUAUGUUUUCGACAUUUAUCAGGCAUUACAUGAUUGUGAAAUGGCUGCUUCUCCAUUCCGAGAAACGAGUUUCGAGGAUCAAAUCACGCCCAAUACCCAAAAGUGCAUCAGCCAGUUUCGCACUGAUUUCCAGAGUUCAAUGGCAAAUGGCUUGAAUACCCAUGAUGUUUUGAAAGUGCUUUGGGAAGAUGUCUUGAAGGCCAUUAACACAGUUUUAAAAUUGUUAAAGACGAGUGAGCAACAGCCACUGCUGAUUCACUCUCUUAUUGCAUUGGAGAAAGAAGUAAAAUAUGUUCUGAAUAUUUUGGGGCUGAUGUCAUCUUCGACCUAUUCGGAGGUUCUGAGUCAGCUGAAGGGCAAGGCAUUGAAGAGAGCUGGUUUGACUGAGGAUCAAUUGCUGCAGCUGAUCGAGGAAAGGACUUUAGCAAGAAGUAUCAAAGAUUACAAGUCAACCGACUUGGUUAGGGAUGUGCUCUCUAUUGAAGGAGGUAUCAUGCUGAUGGAUAUACCCAAUGGAACUACAGCAUGGAGACCAUGUGUGCGAGCAGAUCAAUCUGUUUUGACAGGGGUUCAAUUGCUGGAGCUGAUUGAGGAAAGGAUUAAAGCGAUAAAGCUCAAAGACUCUGAAAGCUCCUAACAGGUUGGGCAUAAAAGUAUCAUGCCUAUGGAUUUACCCAAUGGAACAACGAUGAGUGCAUGAGUGCAUGCAAAUGGAUCAACUACAUCGUAUUGCUGAUUCAGCUGGGGAUUCAACUGAGAAUAAAGAAGCAUGAUCACUGUCCUACCCUUUGAGGAGCUCUUGUCGGGAGAAAGUGGUUGGAUUGUAGUAUGUAAUUAGUCUUUAAUGGGUUGGUUUCUUGUUAUUUGGUAUAGCUGUUAAAACUAAAAGAUUGUGAGAACCAAUGCUUUGGGUCGUCAAACAAGGACUGCUGGGUCUCUCCGUGCAAUCCUUGUACCAACUUUUAAAACAUCUUGAGAUAAUGAAACCGUAGCUUCAAUCAA